AUGGCUUCGGUUGAUGGUGUCGACAAAAGUGAACUUAAGCAAGAGUCGGAAAAACUUCAUGCCAAAUACCCUGGUUUGAUUAAUAAUGCAUCAUCGUUGCUACAUCGACGGCUAAGUAAAAAUGUGAAAUAUUUCGAUUCUGGUGACUAUAACAUGGCUAAGUCGAGGCCAUUAGUAAAGGAUUCCUUUCCCUCAGGCAAUUUGGACUCUCCGACGGGGGAUACUAUUCCAACUGUGGACAAUAUAUCUGUACUACGGAGUAAAAGUAUUUCAUUACAAAACAAUACUACUAUAUUACCACAAUCAACAACAGCAUGUACAACACCAACAAGUUUCAAUUUAGAAUUAUCAGUUGCUACUACAUAGUGCAGCCUUCUCAGCAACUAUCCGAACAUUAAUUUCAAAUGACUUUUAACAUUUUGUUAUCAUUCAUGUGAACCUCACUAAUGCAUGAACAAGUCAAUAAAAAAUAAGUCAUUUUCUUUCUGUGACCAGUAUUUAUUUAUUUGUUUGAAGUAAUUAAUUUUAAUUGGUUAUGAAUGUACGUUUUAUUUAAAACAGAAGUAGUUCCCGUGUUUCACUUGACAGUUUUUUAUCAACUAUUUUUAGUCACGAUUGCUUCAACAUUAUUAGACAACAUAAACCAGUAAUUCUGAAUAUUCAGUAGUUCACAUAAUACUUGUUUAACCCUAGAUAUAUUCAAUAUUGUCAACAUUUUGGUGAUAAUAAUCAAAAAUUAGAAAAUAUCAAGUCAACUACAAAGGUUAUAGUAAAGAUAUACAGAAUUUUAACAUAAUUUAAACAACCAACUAGCGGUUGUAAGUUUUCUAAAUUAUUCAUUUUUUCCCUUUUUAUAAAUUCUUACAGGGAUUGAAUCGAGACUUUUAGAUGUUCAACGACGUUUCUUUGUGUAAAUUUAUAUACAUAUCGAUAAGUUUUAUGACCCAUGAAGUUAACCAAAUUUUAAAUGAAUCAUUGACUCAUUGAUAGAUUAUAUUGGAUUUCAUGUUACUUACUGAGAGAAUCGGGGAUUUUUCAGUUCGAUUUCAUAUGCAAUUGUGAGUGUUCACCUGUUGAGGUUUUCAAAUUAAGAUUAAAU